AUGUUGGAGAAUGCAAAGAAACAAGAUGAUCAACAUGUCAAAGAAAUCGCUAGCAAGCUGGAAAUUGCACAGGCAUUGAACUGGGCAAAAACGGAGAAGAGCCCAAAAGACGUCAUUGGAUGGCUUGGAUUCAAUGAUAACUGGGAGAACCUUUUGACAAGCCCAGCACUGAACAUUUGGUAUAUCUAUGUCACAAAACGUGGAAAACACGAGAAUCCGUUUGAUCUCUUGGUGACACAACUGACAAUGGCCCAUACGGACGAAGAAAUAGGCGAAAUCUUAAUGAAGGCGACAAAAAAAGGUGGUACGAAUGACUUGAAGCUCUAUGAUAGUUUUGUAAAGGCGCUACUCACGCACUGGUCGAAUGAUCCGAAAACGAGCACGCAGGUUUACUCGUUGUUUCAGAUCGACAAGGUAGAUAAUGCAUUGGAUAGUCCUCUCUUGCUCUUGUGGGCUUCCUACUGUGAUUCAAUGGGGCACGAUCCGGUAGCAUUUUUGUUUGAAAAUUUGCAAGCUCACUACAAGCAUGACGAAAAGCAUGACGCAAAACUUGCACGUGCGAUAAUCGAUGCAAAGCAAAAGUACCCCCACGACGAAUUUUUUGUAAAGAUGGAGCAAAAACUGUUGACGACAUGGCAGGCAGAGGAAAAAGACGAGGGUCUAGUUUUCGAUCUUCUAGGAUUGGACAAGGUUGAGACUAACAUAUUUGCACUUCCGGCCAUGGAGACUUGGGUUUUGUACGUCCAAAAGUUAAAAGGGGAGAAAUGGAAGGUGGCCGUUUUGAAGUUUCUUCAAAGAAGUAAUUACGAUAUUCAUCAGGGCAACACGAUUGCAAACGCCAAGACUUCAGAUAUUGCUGCAAUGGUGGUGGUGCAAGCUUGGCUUCAGGAAGGAAAAGACGAUGCUGACGUAUUUGAACGUGAUAAGUGA